UCUGUUAAUUCAAAGAAUUGGGACACAAAAGAACUCACCCUGCCUCACUGUAAACAUUAUUCCUCUAAAGUAUUGGAAUCUGCUGGAACUUAAUUGAUCUCUUUUCAGCAGAAUUGAGAGUGGAGCUACGUGAGACCUCUAUCAGGCCUGGCCGGACCCCAGUCUACUGCUCUGCCACUGGGCCAUGGUACAUCAGAGUGUAGCGGCUAAAAUAUGAGCGUCACUCCAACCACCACCCUGGACAGUCAGUUGACCACUACCUGGGGCCCCAAUAACUCCUACCCUGAUGUUCCAAUGGUGAUGUCUGGUUACACAAGUCGCCUGUGGCCUCAUGACUCCCAGCCUCAGUUCUGGAGUAAGUACCAGGUGUGGGAGUGGCUGCAGCAAGUCAUGGACAUGCACCAGAUCGAUGCCUCCAACAUUCCCUUCCAAAACUUUGAUAUGGACGGCCAUCAGCUCUGCAGCCUGAGCUACCAGGACUUCAUCCGUGCCGCAGGCAGUGUGGGACCCAUUCUCUUCCACAGCCUCACAGAGCUCAAGUGGAGUGGACAGUACCAUGUGGAAAUAGGGCAACUGGAACUCAAACCAGAACUAGACUUUUCCUGUCCAUUUCCAGAUGUCAGCUAUCCCCCUGGAGAAAUCUACGACCCCUCGAUCCACCCCCUUCCCGUCGCCUCCCCGACCCCCUCUAGCCCUGACAUAAAAAGAUCUUACAGUCGUCCACAUCAGGUCAAAAAACACAACCCAAGAGGUACCCAUUUAUGGGAGUUCAUCAGGGACAUUCUACUGAACCCUGAGCGCAACCCAGGGCUGAUAAAGUGGGAGGAUCGGACAGAGGGGGUUUUCCGCUUCCUAAAGUCAGAGGCGGUGGCACAGUUAUGGGGCAAGAAGAAGAAUAACAGCAGCAUGACCUACGAGAAACUGAGUCGUGCAAUGAGAUAUUACUACAAAAGGGAAAUCUUAGAACGAGUAGACGGACGCAGACUGGUUUACAAAUUUGGAAGGAAUGCAAGAGGAUGGAGGGAGUCAGAGAAGUGA